AUGGUCUCAACCAAGUUGGAGAGUGCGCUUCUCGUAGCCGCAAUCGCUACUGGUGUCAUUGGCAGGCCCGGAUCUGGAGCCUCGCCCGCCAACAAAGCUUCUCCAGAAGAGUUCCUUCACAGCCGGAACCUGCCUGAUGGAUACUAUGUGCCGUCGUACUAUCCAGCUCCCUAUGGAGGGUGGAUAAGCGACUGGCAGGAGAGCUAUCGUAAAGCCAGAGAAUUCGUGGCUUCCAUGACCUUGGCUGAGAAAACUAACAUCACUGCCGGCACUGGCAUAUUCAUGGGAUCUGCUCCUCGUGUAGGAUUCCCGCAGCUUUGCUUCAACGACGGCCACAACGGAAUUCGACAAGCCGACAAUCGCGCUGUCGCCAUUGGUAAAGAAGCCCGUGGCAAGGGCGUUAAUGUGUGGUUAGGUCCAACUGUCGGGCCUAUUGGACGGAAACCAAAGGGUGGUCGCAACUGGGAAGGUUUUGGCGCCGACCCGUCCUUGCAAGCCAUUGGGGCUCGUGAGACAAUCAAAGGCGUCCAGGAGCAGGGCGUGAUUGCAACCAUUAAGCAUUUCAUCGGCAACGAGCAGGAAAUGUAUCGCAUGUACAACCCGUUCCAAUAUGCCUACAGCGCCAACAUAGACGACAGAACUCUGCACGAAGUUUACAUGUGGCCCUUCGCAGAGGGUAUUCACGCUGGUGUUGGAUCAGUUAUGAUGGCGUAUAAUGCAGUAAAUGGUACCGCGUGCAGUCAGCACCCAUAUCUAAUCAACGCGUUGCUCAAGGACGAACUAGGCUUCCAAGGCUUUGUCCAGUCCGACUGGCUUGCUCACAUGUCCGGCGUGGCCUCUGCCAUUGCUGGCUUGGAUAUGGACAUGCCAGGAGACACUCAGGUUCCAUUGUUUGGCUUUUCAUACUGGAUGUACGACCUCACCAGAUCGGCUCUCAACGGCUCCGUACCCAUGGACCGGUUGAACGACAUGGCUACACGUGUCGUGGCCUCAUGGUACAAAAUGGGCCAGGAUAACGGCUUCCCGGAGACAAACUUCCACACAUUGACAAGAGAUAGUGUAGGCAUGCUAUAUCCAGCUGCCUUCCCCGACACACCAAGCGUCGUGGUUAACAACUUCGUUCCUGUCCAAGACGAUCAUAAUGAGAUUGCUCGUCAAGUAGCACAGGAUGCCAUUACACUUCUGAAGAACAAUGGCAACUUGUUGCCACUGAGGACGUCUCAGUCACUCAAAAUUUUCGGCACGGGAGCUCAAACGAACCCAGAUGGCCCUAAUGCCUGCGCCGAUCGAAACUGCAACAAGGGUACUCUUGGGCAAGGAUGGGGAUCUGGCACGGUGGAUUACAUGUACCUUGACGACCCGAUUUCUGGUAUCAAGACCAGGGCCCAGGACGUCCAGUUCUACGACACGGACUCUUUCCCAGAUCAAAUUGACCAACCAAAGGAUACAGAUGUUGCCCUUGUCUUCAUUACCUCGGACUCAGGAGAGAAUACCUAUACUGUUGAAAACAACCACGGCGACCGAGAUGCGUCCGGUCUGUACGCAUGGCACCACGGGGAUCAGCUGGUCAAAGACGUCGCCUCAAAAUACAAGAAUGUCAUUGUGGUAGCACACACAGUUGGCCCCAUGAUACUCGAGAAGUGGAUUGACCUACCUGCAGUGAAGUCAGUGUUGGUUGCUCACCUGCCAGGCCAAGAGGCUGGACAAUCUCUUGCCGACGUCUUGUUCGGCGACGUCUCGCCAAAUGGCCAUCUUCCUUACUCUAUUACAAAAAAGGAGGAAGACCUACCGGAGAGCGUGACGAAAUUGAUAAGUGCCCCGAAUAUCCACCAACACCAAGACACAUACACGGAAGGCUUGUAUAUUGACUAUCGAUGGCUGAACAAAAACAACAUCAAGCCUCGAUAUGCAUUCGGACAUGGUCUGAGUUACACCAAUUUCACGUAUUCGAACGCAACAAUCACCAAAGUUGGCCAAAUGACAAAGACUCCGCCCACCAGGUCACCCAAGGAGGGCAUCCUUGACUACACUCAGCCUAUCCCCGAGCCUAGCGAAGCUGUGAUGCCCGACGGCUUUCACAAGCACUGGCGAUACAUUUACUCGUGGCUCCAAGCUUCCGAAGCGAAAAAUGCUGCUGCAGACGUGAAAAAGAAGUAUCCAUAUCCCAGCGGAUACUCAACAGCCCAGAAGCCUGGUCCUCGCGCUGGCGGUGGGCAGGGGGGCAAUCCCGCAUUGUGGGAUGUUGCUUACAAGCUGUCUGUAGUGGUCACCAACGCUGGAUUAGAUCACUCUGGGAAGGCUUCCGUACAGGCGUAUCUGCAAUUUCCCAAGAACAUCACCUACGAGACGCCCAUCAUCCAGCUGCGCGAUUUUGAAAAGACAGAGGUGCUUAGGUCUGGCGAAAGUACCACUGUGGAGUUGCAGUUGACUAGGAAGGACCUGAGUGUGUGGGACGUCGUGCUACAGGAUUGGGUUAUUCCCGUUGUUGAUGGGGGAUAUACUGUGUGGUUGGGAGGUGCCAGUGAUGAUUUGAGGGUUUCAUGUCAUGUUGAUGGGAUGAAAUGCCAAAGUGCAGCAACGAGUGAAUGA